UCUCAGAGAGUAAACAUCAAUAAACAUCAGUGAUCAACAAGCUGUCAAACUCAAACUUGUUUUGUUUUGUUUUCUGAGGCCCAAAGUUUUAGAUUCCGAGCCUGGACUGGGCCCUGAACGCAGCAUGCUGUGACGUAGUUUCGUGGUUCAAACGGACGCGGGAGGACCAGGACCAGGACCGGGACCAGGAGACUCAGGACCAGGACCAGUAGGACCGGCAGAGCAACAUGGUGCAGGAGUUUCAGGUGCUCAGGUGUUUCACCUGUGAGAGCUUCCAGGUUCAACAGGUGAAGAAGUCCAGCAGGUGGAUCUGUAAAGUUUGUGGAGAGAAACAGUCGCUGCUGAAGGAGUUUGGGCGGGGCUCGGCGGCCGACUGCAGACGCCACGUCCAGAAGCUGAACGCCGCUAGAGGAGCCAAGAUGGAGGAGGACACCUGGCUGCUAUGGAAGCGGACGGAGGCCGACGGGGAGGACGACCAGCCCCGCCUCCAGGUGAGCCAGGCUCAGGUGAGCCGCUGGAGCAAAUACCUGGACACACCUGAGGAGGCGGAGCCAGAGGAGGCGGAGCCAGAGGAAGGGGAGGAGAAUGUUUUGAUGGACAGACAGCAGCUCCAUGGCAACAAGUUGAUUAACAGUUCUGACAGGAAGAGAAGACGCACCAGUCCUCCCAGUCAGGGACGCACCAGUCCUUCCAGUCAGAGACACAUCAGUCCUCCCAGUCAGAGACGCACCAGUCCUCCCAGUCAGGGACGCACCAGUCCUUCCAGUCAGAGACGCACCAGUCCUCCCAGUCAGAGACGCACCAGUCCUUCCAGUCAGAGACACAUCAGUCCUCCCAGUCAGAGACGCACCAGUCCUCCCAGUCAGGGACACAUCAGUCCUCCCAGUCAGAGACGCACCAGUCCUCCCAGUCAGAGACACACCAGACCUCCCAGUCAGAGACGCACCAGUCCUCCCAGUCAGAGACGCACCAGUCCUCCCAGUCAGAGACGCACCAGUCCUCCCAGUCUGAGGAGUACUGGUCCAGUCUCCCGGUGGGCGGGUUUCCUCAGCACUGACUGUCAGGCGGAUGAGGGGGAGGAGCCAGCAGCCAGUGGGCGGAGUCAUGCAGUGAGGCCCCUGGAGAAGCCCCGCCCCCUACUUCCUGUCUCCAUGUUUGAGAGCGGAGAGGACUUCAGCUGGGACUUCUGAUCAAACUGAUCGAUGAAUGUAUUGAUCAGUCCGCUGUGGGUUUCCAUCGAUGUGCUCGUUUAAAGUUCAUAUCGUAAAUAUUUGUAUAUUUGCUUUGUUUACCUUCACUUCUUCAUGUUUUUAUUGAUCAACACUGUAAACAUAAUAAAGAUGUUGAAACACUAA